UCAACGGCUGAGAUUCGACUUUGCUCAACUUGGGUUUCUUCCCUCUUCUCUCAUCACCCCCCUCAUCCCUUCUCCAUCUUCCACUCACAACCGCCGCCGCCGCGCCGCUACUCCCCGUCGUUUACUGCGGCGGAUUUGUCUGUAAAACCAUUCCACUCUACUCCUUUUUUCAUUUCUUCGGUUUCAUUACCACGUUCUUUUCUCAAUUUUUAUCUUUUCCCGCCUCGCCGCCUUCUCCCGUCACUCCAUCCGACUAGCCUCUCACUUUACGCCUUUGCUACCAUUGCUGCAAUGCCCGGCGAAAUUAAAAGCACGAGCACCAGACAUCGGAGAGCCGAGGAAGUGAUUGGUGGUAACACAGAAGCUAUUAAAACCCUCAGAGAUCUCAUUACAUUUCCUUGGCGUCUCUUACCUUGUGAUGCAAAGAGACUUGGGGUUAAAUUUGGAAGAGGUGUUUUGUUACAUGGUUCACCUGGCACCGGAAAGACAAGUUUGGUACGGGCAGUUGUUGAAGAAUGCGGGGCAAUUUUGACGAUUAUAAGCCCAAACACCGUUCAUAGCGCACAUGUUGGUGAAAGUGAGAGAAAUCUCCGCGAGGCUUUUUCUGAGGCAUCUUCUCACGCAGCCUUGGGCAAGUCUUCAGUUAUCUUUAUAGAUGAAAUAGAUGUACUUUGUCCUCGCCAAGAUUCCAGGAGGCUUAUUGCUUCCCAACUUCGUUUUUUGAUGGACUCAAACAAAGCAACCUCUUCUACACCGGGGGUAGUUGUGGUUGCAUCAACUAACAGGGUGGAUGCAAUUGAUCCUGCCCUAAGAAGGAAUGGGCGUUUUGAUGUUGAAAUUGAAGUUACAGUCCCAAAUGAAAAGGAGCGCCUUCAAAUUCUAGAGCUGUAUACAAAGAAGAUUCCUCGGGAUUCACGCGACUUAGAAUUUAUUGCUGCAUCAUGCAACGGUUAUGUUGGAGCUGAUUUGGAGGCUCUGUGUCGUAAAGCUAUCGAAUCUGCCAUUAAAAGGUCCAAAAAUACAAAUAAAGAUGUUAAUGAUUCCAGUUUAACGAUGAAAGAUUGGAAGAGUGCAAGGUCUCUUGUUCAACCAAGUAUAACAAGAGGCAUUACUGUGGAAGUUCCCAAAGUGACAUGGAAAGAUAUUGGGGGAUUGAAAGAUGUGAAGACAAAGCUCGAGAAAGCUAUUGAGUGGCCUAUCAAGUAUCCUGAUGCAUUUUCAAGACUUGGAAUAACCCCUGUUCGUGGAAUUCUUCUCCACGGGCCUCCAGGAUGUUCCAAAACUACUCUUGCUAAAGCUGCUGCAAAUGCUGCUAAUGUUCCGUUCUUUUCCUUGAGUGGUGCAGAAUUAUUUUCAAUGUAUGUUGGAGAAGGAGAAAGUUUGCUUCGUGAAAUAUUUCGCAAAGCACGGCUUGCUGGAAAAAGUAUAAUAUUUUUUGAUGAAGCUGACGUAGUAGCUGGGAAACGGGGUGAUAGUUCGAGUGGUAGUGCCGCAGUUGGAGAGAGGCUUUUAUCAACUCUGCUUACUGAAAUGGAUGGUUUAGAAGAAGCUAAAGGAGUCCUUGUUUUAGCAGCCACAAACCGCCCUUAUGCAAUUGAUGCUGCACUUAUGCGUCCCGGUCGAUUUGAUCAGAUUUUGUAUGUGCCACCACCUGAUUUGGAGGGUCGAGUUGAGAUACUUAAUGUGCACACACGAAGGAUGCAAUUAGGGAGUGAUGUUGAUCUCAGAAGACUAGCAGAAGAUACCGAGUUCUUCACGGGUGCUGAACUAGAGGGAUUAUGUAAAGAAGUUGGAAUAGUAGCUCUAAGGGAAAACAUGGACGCCACUGUUGUUUUUGACCGUCAUUUUCAGAUCGUGAAGAAUUCCUUAAAACCAGCAUUAACAGCCGAUGUCAUUGAUUCAUACUCAUCUUUUAGAAGAACCUCAUCUCGAGUUUUGCCUAAGAUUGACCAAGAACAUAGAGAUGGUUGAAGUUAUCCCUGUGAGUGUUUGGUAAAGUGAUCAUGAACAAAUGACAUUUAAUAGUUAUAAAGAGUGAACAAAUGACAUUAUUUAACAGUGAACAUUGAAUAUUCACCGCUGAAACAACAUAUGCUACUGCAACAAUUUUAUAUUCGUUGUUAUUCUUUUAUUGAA